AUAUGCGCCGCUGUCGGAUCCUGGUGGCCUUGGAUCUACUUUGUCACCCUCAUUGUUCUGGGUUCAUUCUUCGUAAUGAACCUCAUUCUCGGUGUACUGAGUGGUUCUGAAUCUAUGUUUUCUACCCUACCCUCUUUGCCAGAUUCCGUUACUGCCUCUCACCUCCCUCUCUACAUCAAGGCCCUCCAAACUUUCACCUCAUAUUGGGUAGAGUUCAGUAAAGAAAAACAGAAGAUUGACCGGAAGGAACAAUUUCGAAAAGUGCGGCAAGAAAAACGAGAACAACAGGACUACCAAAACUAUAAGGAGUGGAUAGAAGUGGCGGAGGACUUGAUUGAUUCCGAGGCUGACGACAAAAGCAACAAGGAAUUGGAUGGCGUUGUUUGCGUGAAACUAUAUUGCUAUAUAAUUAUCGUUUGCAUCCACGAGAAGAUUUGA